AUGGAGACGGAUCAAGGAGAAGGAGAGGAUGAGUCCAUGACGGGCACGAUGACAAGAUCCAUCUACGACGACGAUGAGCCGGUGACGUGGCAGCCGGCGAACACGGCGGGGAACAGGGUGCUCGAGCUCAGCACGCACUGCAAGUACCCGGCGCUGCCCGACGACGUGGCACGCGACGGCUUCACGGUGAUGGUACACGUCAGGGCACCGGCGCUGUCGGCAGCGGAGGCUAGGCACGCGCUGCUGGAUGUUGUCACCGUCCUCGACGUCAGCGAGAUUAUGUCGGGCGCCAAGCUGGCACAGGUGAAAAGCAUCGUAAGGUUCCUCAUCGACAGCCUCGGCCCCCACGACCGACUCAGCGUCGUCGCCUUCUCGGGCGACACCCGCCGGGUCACGCGGCUGACGUGCAUGACGGAGGACGGGAAGGCCACGGCCAAGUGCGCCGUGGAGGCACUCAAAGCGUCCGGCGGCUCGACCAACGUCCGCGCUGGCCUCGACGAGGCGGCGAAGGUGCUCGAAAGCAGCCAACACAGAAAUGACAUCGUCGGCGUGAUCUUCAUAUCGGACGGCCGCGGCUACACGACGAGCGACUCGUGCGUCCUCCUGCCAGAGUUUCUCCUACGUGACAACGGCUGGCGGAGCACGCCGGUGCACACGUUCAGGUUGAGCUCCGACGUCGACGCGGCGGACAUGCACAACAUCACGGAGGUUACGGGCGGCACCUUCUCCUUCGUCGAGGACCACGCCGUCGUCCAGGACACGUUGGCGUAG